CCCCAAUCCCACCGCCAUCACCACCACCACCGCCAACGAACCUCCCCAAUCCCACGACAACCUCACCACCACCACCCGUCUCACAAAUCUCACAGUACUCCGAACACUACCACCUUCCACCACAUCUCCACCUCACCACACCACCUCACCACCCAACCCAGCACACAGAAUGACCGACCCCCAACCCCCAACCCUAACCCCCGGCCCCACGCCCAGCGGCGACAUCUCCGAGGAACUCCCCCCCGCGUCGGCGGAAGACCGUAAAGCAGCCGCUGCGCUCUCGUCUCUCGAUACGCCGCGCGACGAUGACAGCAAUACGAAGCAGGAUGUCGAUGUUGAGGCGGUGAGGAAGGCUAUGGAUCGUCUUGGUGGGGGUGGAGGGGCGGGGGGAGAGGGGGGAAAGGUUGGGGGAAAGAAAGAGGAGGAGGUGAAGAAGGUGGUUAAGGUUGAGGCGGGGGAUGUGAAGGUUGUGAUUGAGGAACUCGAGCUCUCGAAACCGAAAGCUACGGAGCUGUUGAAGGCGAAUGAGGGCGACCUCGUCAAGGCGCUGCGGGCGUAUGUUUCUGUUUGAGUACCCAAGCGAGUUGAUGAUCGGGUUGACAGGUCGGUUGAGUGGUGCGUGGAUGAAGAUGCGGAGGGUGGCUGGCUGGGCCGUGACCUCCCUCGAGUCUACGAUCGCCUGGGAAAGGAGUUGUUGUGCUGGAAAUGCACAACAGGAGAUACAGUUGGCUAAAGAUCCACUGUGAUAGCUGGGAGAUUGUGGUGAAGGAUAUGAAGAUACGGAUAUCAAGGCGGAAUCAAGCUGCCAAAGCAUGGGAAUUAUAUGUGACGAAAACAUAAAUUAGAGAAGAUAUCAUG